CUCCAUCCAACACCUUCCCCCAAAACACAAGACUCCAAUAGAUUUCCUAACGAUUUGCCCAUUCAUGACUUUUUCAAGUGGAAGCGCACUUCUAUGUGAUUAGUCCGAAGAUGAAACUCUGGGCUCCUGAUUAGUCUUAUAGUACUCGUAUUGUCAACAAGUAGGCUUGCAGCCACAUAUUCAGCUUUAGUUUCGCUCAAUGCCACGAUUUGUUGCCUGCGACUCAUUCAUCUAACGGCAUCUUCACCUCAAGUAGUGACAAAUCCCGAUCUUGAGUGUCGGGUCCCAAGGUCGUUGGCAUAAUCGGAAUUAGUGACGCACUUUAACUCCAAAACCAUAAUGUGAAGUCCUCUUCAAGUAUUUAGAGAUUCCUUUAUAAGAUCCAACACCUCUGAAACUAUACUAACAGCAUAUGAUAAGUCCGGACGAGUAGUCAUAGUUAGAUAGAAUAAGCUUCCAACAGCUUGUCAAUAGGCUUUCUCGGCUCUAUUCUUCCGGCGGUUAGGACAAUCGCGAGCCCAAUGGUCUUCCUGGUGGCACUUAUAAUACUUGGACCGACGACCCAUUGGCUGUUGGUAAGAAGUUUUCUCACCGCUAACACCACCAUCGCCAUUAUUUUGUGAAGCACGUGAAGUUUCAUUACCUCUCCCUUUUUGUUUCAGCGCCAGAUUGUCAAGAAGUGCUACUUCAUCAAUUGAUUCCUUGCUCGGCAGAAGCAUUUCAAUUAGUCCCAAACGUUCCGUUGAGCUAUUAAGCGAUCUCUCUUGGAUAAGAACACUAGCCCAGAAACUUUUAAAUUCAAAGUAAGGGGGAGAGACAGUUUACAUGAUCCGCCCCAUCAAUAUUAAUUCGGAUAGUUCGGCCUGCUGCAGCCUCUUCAAUUCGACAUUGAGCUCAUGGAAAUCACGCCGAAGGCGCGCAACAUGAUUGACAAUUCCAUACCAAGCAUUGGUGAUUCCAAAAGAAAGAUUCCAGUAGCCUAUCUAAUCUAUGACUUGAACUUAACUCAUACACAGUUUCACAAGAAGACGUGAGUUCCUCAUUGGUAGCAUUCAGCGUAUUCAUCAAAAAGAGCCGAGCAAGCGAGUCCUUGUCCUAAUUGGAACUAUCAGCAGGCAAUGUCAACUUACCAUUUACGACAUCCAAAACCUUUUGAUGCUUCUGCAGUAAGGUGAUUUGCCUUUUCCAACUCGAUUAGUUGCUUUGAUCCUCCAGUUUCUCAAUAGAAGUCAUGAUGUCAUAAAUAUAUUUAUGUUAUACAAAAUGCACUGAUUAAAAAGAAAAUCUAUCUUUUGAAUUUUUACCCUAUUCCCUAAAUAUCAAACAAUUCAUCGAGUAGAAAGAUCAAGGGUAUAUCUUGGAUGAAUAAAAAAAAUUCGUCGCAAGGGCUAUAUAUAUUCUUAGUUAUUUUUAUUAUUAAUAAUAAGUGAUUAUUUUGCUGGUGGUAACACUGCUCCAGUCAAUUUAGAUCAUAAUAAAUAUUUUAGCGCCUUUCUUUCUAACCUUUAUCAUUCGUGUAAUUUGAAACAAUAUAAAUGAUAUUCGUAUUAAUUUUCCGCUAUGUUAUGCUCAGUGCAGUGAAAUAAGUUUUUUGUAUUGGUUGAAAGUUAGUAUUAUAUUCAAAUAAAAUGACAACAGUAACCAUAAGAGGAGUCCCUGUUUCGUUUCCUUUUGAACCCUAUGCCAUUCAAACGGAAUAUAUGGAAAAAGUCUUAGAGUGUCUACAAAAUGAAACUAAUGGUGUACUUGAAUCUCCGACAGGAACAGGAAAAACAUUGUCUUUACUAUGUUCGACUUUAGCAUGGCUAGAAUUGAAAAAAAUUCAAAUCAAAGCACAAAGGACAGUAACAAAUAAUGAUAAUGAUUUUUUAGCCACUAUAAAUAAUAAAUUAAAUGAUGCCGUGGGUAAACAAGUUAAUUCACGUACUUUGUCUGGUAUACCUGUGGUGAUUUAUGCUAGUCGAACACAUACCCAAUUAACACAAGCUAUGAAAGAAAUGAAAAGAACAGCAUAUGGACACAUGAAAGCAGUUGUAUUAGGAUCAAGAGAUCAACUGUGUAUUCAUCCUGAAAUUGAAAAAGAAAAUAACCGGAAUUUCAAGGUGAUGAUGUGUCGAUUGAAAGUAAAAACUAGAUCUUGUAAAUUUUACAAUAAAGUGGAACAAAAUAAGCUCAACUCUAAUGUGUCUACAAUUAAUAUAAUGGACAUUGAAGAUCUCGUCAAAAUUGGAAAAUGCAAUGGCUUUUGUCCAUUUUAUAUGGCAAAAGAGCUUAAGGAAGAUUCUGAUGUAAUUUUCAUGCCCUACAAUUAUUUAUUGGAUCCAUCGAUAAGAAAAACUUUGGGAAUUGACUUAACCAAUACAGUAGUUAUAUUAGAUGAAGCACACAAUGUAGAAAGAAUCUGCGAAGAGUCUGCUUCCCUUCAGAUAAAAUCGUCCGACGUCGCUUUAGCUAUAGAAGAGGUGACAGCCAUUAUGAAAAUGUUGUCAAUGGAAACUAUACAAUUUGAGGAUACACCUAAAGAUUUUGAUGCUAACGAUUUAUGCAAUUUGAAAGAAACAUUUUUGAAUUUCGAAAAAGAGAUAGAUGCAAUUGAUUUAAAAAGUGGAUUAAGUGAAGGGUUAACACUGGAUGGAACUUUUCUAUUUGAAUUACUUGAAAAAGCUGGAAUUCGAAACGACAAUUAUUUCAUGGUACAAAGGUUAAUUUCUCAAGUUGUUCAAUUCUUGGCUACCCUUAAUGAGGGUCCUUUUGCAAGAAGAGGAAAUGGCUUACAAAUUUUUGAAGAGAUGUUGACUGUUGUUUUUUCGGAUAUUUCUCAUGAUUUCAGACAGAAAGUCAAAAAGUGUUACAAGGUUUUCAUACAAGAGGAACAGGUCAAGAAGAAAUCUCCAGAUAAUUGGUUGUCAAAAAUGGUAUCUACAAAGGCAGGUGGGAAAAUAUUGAAUUAUUGGUGUUUCAGUCCCGGAUUUGGAAUGAAUAUGCUAGUGAGAUCUGGCUUAAGAACUUUAAUAUUAACGAGUGGUACUUUAGCGCCAUUAAAUCCUCUGAUAUCAGAAUUGGAACUGAAUGUGACAGUCAGACUAGAAAAUCCUCAUAUAAUAUCAGAUGAUCAAUUUUGUGUUAAAAUUAUACCAACCGGUCCAGAUUCCAUACCUUUAAAUAGCAGCUUUCAAAAUAGGGAUAAUCCCAGGUACAUAAAUUCAUUGGGUAUGGCAAUAUUAAACAUCAGUCGAAUGGUACCAGACGGCAUGUUAAUAUUUUUUCCUUCGUACCCUACCAUGUUGAAAUGUCAACAGAUAUGGCAAGAAAGUGGAAUUUGGAGUAGUUUAAAUAAUCAAAAAGCAAUUUUUGUGGAACCUAGGGAAAAGAAUUCAUUUAACAGCGCUAUGUCUGAAUAUUAUUCAAAGAUAAAAGAUCCAACUAAUAAAGGAGCUAUUUUCAUAGGGGUUUGUAGAGGAAAAGUAUCGGAAGGUCUGGAUUUUGUGGAUGCAAAUGGAAGAGCUGUUUUGAUAACUGGAUUGCCAUACCCGCCAUUCAAAGAUCCGAAAGUUGUGUUGAAAAAAGAGUAUUUAAAUAGAUGUAAUGUAGAAGAUAAAGCAUUUUUAAAAGGACAAGAUUGGUAUAACUUAGAAGCAACUCGUGCUGUAAAUCAAGCGAUCGGACGAGUAAUACGUCAUAAAGAUGAUUAUGGUGCCAUAUUAUUGCUUGAUUCUCGUUUUAAUAAUCCCGUUCUCAAAAAUCAUAUGUCGUUGUGGAUAAGAAAUAGCAUAAAAGUAUCAAGAAAUUUUGGAGAGCUUAUGAAAGAUUUGAGAUCAUUUUUCAAAGCAGCUGAUGCUAAGUAUAAGGGCGUAUUGGAAGAAAAAUCUUUGACACCACUUUCAGCUGAAUUUGGUGGACCUUCUAGUUAUAAAAUUAAUGAAGAUACUUCAAAUGCAGGAGAAGUUAUUAUUCAUAGUAAAAAGACAAAAGAAUUGACAGGAAAUCCUUCAAAAAAAAUUAAGCUGUCAGUUGUGCCUAACUCUUCGAAGGAAUCAAAAUCAUCAAACCAAAGUGAUUUGACAAAAGAUUAUAUAGUUAUGGUUAGGAAACGUUUAGAUGAUUCUUCCUUUAAGGAUUUUGUCGAAGCUAUAAAGAACUACAAGGCUUGUGACAGUAUAAGUUCAUUAAUUAGUCAGUUAGAUAAUGUAUUUAAGAAUAAAUGUCAUUUGAAAUAUCUCAUUCCUGGUUUAGAAUCAUAUAUAAAGACUGAUCAUAAGUUAGAUUUUAGUAAAUAUUGUCAAGAUAACGGUUUACUUGAUGUUUGAGAUAAUUGUACUGAUUUUAUAUAUAAUGGAACUUUUAAAUACAAGAUAUUUUUCUAUGUAUAAAUACUUUUAUGAGUGGAUGCAGUUUAGGAAAUAGCCAUUUUGAAUAAUAUAUACAGGAUGGUUCAGAAUUGUUUAUAUUAUUUUCUAGAGCUGAUAAUACUUUCAAAAAAAUGGUACUUCUUUGCAUAUUUUUUUUUAAUUUGAAUAAGCAAAAUAUGUAUUGAUAAGUUCAUAACUUUUUGAAUGAACGUUAUAAAUAAUAUUUUCAAACGUAGCCUUCUUUGAAAUCUCUUCAUUCUGUCCAACUUUUCUUUCCAUUUUUUAUUUUGUCUUAAAAAUGAGUUUUUUUGCGGUUAUCAAAAUAAGUAUUUGUUCGUGAGAAAUAAACACUCAGUGCUUUAUCUGAAAUUAGGAAAUGUGCCUAAUUUAUAGAUUUUGACAUGGAACUUUCACAUGUCCAGUCCAAAAAACAUUACAGGGCCAUUGAUUUAGUUACUUAACAUAAUAUUCUCUAUUGAUUCUUUUACUCUUGGAAAAUAGUCAAUGUUGAUUAUACAGGUUUCCCAAAAAAAACAGUCUCAAUCACUAACAAACCUACGUUGGCCAAUUCACUCCAAAAAAAACCGAUUGUUUGAACUGCUAUUUAGUCUCUGAUGUAUUAUGAGGUAUCCACACUUUGUCCACAAUUGUGGAACGACGCAAAAAUUCAUCCACUCCAGAUUGUCACACGAUUGUGUUUGUAGUGGAUUGACGCGGUACUCCUUCCAGGCAAGCUAAGUGUCUUUUGAAAUUCAAACUACUAAAUGUGUGAAAUGUCUAAUGCUUCCACCAAAACGUGAAUUUAAUUGUUUCAGGAAUUGAGACCCCAACUGGGGAUCUGGAACGUUCUCCGAGGGUGUAUGAAAUUCAUGUAACUAUAUUUUUUACAAAUACAAACUAAAUGACGCAGCUUUUCGAAAUCUUGACAGGGGCAAUAUUUCCCUUUCAAUUAAGAGAAGGGGUAAUUCACAAAUUCACGUUUUUUCUAAUAUCUGCCCAACGGUUUGGAUUACGGUGUUCAUAUUUUAAUGUGAGUCUUUCCCAAAUAUGAACUUUAGUUAAGGUCCUCAUUUAACUUUCCUUUUUAAUCAGUUUUGAAAUAGUAUAAAAAUGAUUAGAGCAGUGUCCUGGGGAUGUACCUCCUUUAUGAUAGUUUGAAGGAAAAGUUUUCAUAAAGUAAUUAAUUUAUUUUUGGACUUACUAGCAGGUCUUUAAUACAAAGUACAUGUCUCGACCGCCUUGUUUAUACAAGGUGUGAUAAAAAUACGGUGAAACGGAAGUAAAAAAUUAACAAACACUACUUAAUCUUGAAAAUACUGCUCUUGAUUAGCAAUGCACUUAUCCUGAAGUUGAAUUCAUGACCAAAUAUUUUCGGGGAGGCUAGUUUCUCUCCCUUUAAUCUAUUUUUGAUUUCCGGGAAGAGCAAAAGUCGCAUACGAGGCGGUACCCAAAAGUAAUCGGAAUAGCUUUACCAUGGGUGGAGCUUUUGUAGUACUGAUUUCUGCAGCUAGGGCCUGCCUAGCGCAAUUCAUCCACAGUUCAGUGCCGCGCGGGCCGUUGAUCUGCCACGUUCUAUUCAUCACUAGUGACCGUUUUUGUUAGUAAUGUUUCACUGCUGCUUCGUUUUUUAUGAUGGCAAAUUUAUAUAAACAACGUGCCACUGUAAAAUGUUUGUUUCCUACUUGGGAAAAACGCUGCUGAAACUGUUUUAAUGUUGAAAACUGCUUACAAAGAUGAUACUAUGGGGAAAACGCAAGUGUAUGGGUGGUUUUCUCGAUUUAAAAAUGGCGACAUGUCAAUUGAUGACAAACCUCGCUCUGGACGUUCAUCAACUGUCCGAAUCGAUGAAAAUGUUGAAAGAAUGCGAGAGCUUGUGCGCUCAGACCGUCGACAGACAAUUGAUCAACUGUCUGAAAUCUGUGGAAUUUCUUGGAGCUUGGUUCAGCAAACAGGUGACUGAUUCUUCCACGCCUGAAAAGGGGCAUUAAAGGACGGCGAUUUGAAAACAUUGAAGACAUCAAGAAAAUAACGAGACAGGAGCUUGUAGCCAUCUCUAAAAAUGAGUUCAAACAAUGUUUCGUACAGUGGAAGCACCUCUGCGACAAAUGUAUCACUUGCAGUGGAGAGUAUUUUGAAGGGGUUGAGGUUGUUUUGUAAAUAUAUAGCAUUUAAAAAAUAAUUCCGGUUAUUUUGGGGUACUCCCUCGUAGUGGUAUAUUUGGUAAAGAUGUAGACAGACAGGAAAAGUUUUAGCGAAUACAAAACAACUAGUAGUAUGGUGCAAUAAAGUCGUUAACUCAUUUUCAGUGCUAAUUCGUAGCUGAGCUCUCGAAUAGUCAAUCACAUAAACAGAUUUGUCUACUUUUUGCAAAUUAUCAACUGUGUUUAGUUAAGGGACGAAUUUCCACCUCUAUACUACUUGUUAACAGUAUUCCAAGAUACUAUAUUAUCAUUAAAUAGAUUUUAACAUUUAGUGAGUUUCUUUCGCACUCUUUCCACUUUAUCAAAAAAUGUUCAAAAUUAAUGUCUAAACAUGAUGUCAAUAAAACGGCUAUAAUAACAGUCUAACGAGCUGAAACCUAUUCAAACUUGUCACUGUUUGGUUCAAUAUGAUUGAAGUAGAUGCACCAUAAUUGCUGCUAUAAAAAUUUCUUUCUCGUAUUCUUAUCACUCGUUCAUCCAUAUUGACUUAAAACUUAUUAUGCCAUCUUUAUUGUGUUAUUUUUCAUCAUAUCAAAGCAGUAUAUAUUUUUGUUAAAAAUAAUUUAUUUGGUAUCGUUUACAUUUACAAGAUAAAUAAGAAAAUUAUUCAAUAGAUUCAAAAAUUUUAUCUAAAUUGUAUCUUCCUGGUAGCUUAAUAACUUGAUAUGAUUUGAAUCGUAUGUUAAUGGUAAUUUUUUAACCCUUCAACAGCGAGAGUAAUUUUUGUUUGCAAAACAAAUAAAAACAGUAUGAUUAUAUAAAAAAUGUUAACAUUUUCUUCAUUACCUUUUUGACAGUUAAAUGAAAAACUACAUAUAUAGUUCAAAUUAUUACUUUAUACAUUAUGAAAUUUGAUUUAUUUGAGAUAAAUUACCAAUAAA